AAAGAUAUUCACCAUGCCAUUAACAGUUCAGCAAGGUAAGGACACAGUAAUUUUUGUUACUAAAGAAGACCACUCAACACCAAGCACAGUCAGUUUACCGAAAGAUGAACCACCCCCUGGCCUCAUUUUACCUGAUGGUUCUAUCAACUGGAGCUGUCCUUGUUUGGGAGGGAUGGCCACAGGUCCUUGUGGUGUUGAAUUUCGAGAAGCUUUUUCCUGCUUCCAUUACAGUGAAGCUGAACCCAAAGGCAGUGAUUGUUAUGAGGCAUUUAAAACAAUGCAGGAUUGUAUGGCGCAGUAUCCUACACUUUACAACAGAGAUGGUGAUGAUGAAGAUGAAUUAGAAAAUGCAAUAGAUACUAAUACGGAAAAAGAGAAAAGCAAAGAAAAUAGAGAUGCAGCAGUAAUAAAUUCAGCAUCAUCACCAUCUUAACGUGUCAGUAGUCUAGUUAACAUGAUGCCAUUAGUAAUAAAAGUUUGCUUUUAUUUGAUAGAUGUAUAGCAUGACCAAAGCAAUUGUAAGUGAACUCAAAGGAGUCAGAACAAAAGUAGCAAGUAUUGUAUACUGAAUACUUUUUCAUUGCUGUCAAAGAAUAGGUUUUAGUAUUUGUACUUAAUAUUAUACAGUCCUUUAUUAAAAGCAUGAAGCUUUC